AUGCAUGACCUCACAGGCAAAGUCGCACUCUUCACCGGACUCGGACAAAGUCCAGGCCAGGGAUGGGGCAUUGGAGCAGCAACAGCAAUUCUGAUGGCUCAGCAAGGAGCCAAAAUCUUCGGUGGAAAUCGCACUCUGGCUUCGACGACUACGACACAAGACGCCAUCAACGCAGCCGGGGGCGUUUGCGAUAUUGUUGAGUCUGACGUUACGGACGCGGAUUCGGUGAAAGCACUGGUGGACGCAUGCGUGGCAAAGCACGGAAGAAUCGAUAUCCUGGUGAACAAUGUAGGAAGAUCAGAGCCGGGCUGCCCUGCGACCAUGUCGCCUGGGACGUGGGACGCACAGGUGGACAUCAACCUCAAGAGUGUCUAUCUGCUAUGCCACUACGUGUUGCCUAUCAUGGAAAAGCAGGGCAGUGGCGCGAUCGUAAGCAUCUCGAGUAUCGCUGGCAUGCGUUACAUCGGCAAACCUCAGAUCGGCUAUUCGGCCACAAAAGCCGCGAUCAUGCAGUUCAUGAAGGCCACGGCAGUAAUAUACGCUGCAAAGGGCGUACGGUUGAACACUGUUGUGCCUGGAUUGAUGGAGACUCCCUACACGCAAGGCUUACUCUCGCGAUUUGGCAAAGAUGGCGACUACGAGAGCUACAAGCAGAUGCGGCAUGCGCAGGUACCCACGGGCAGAAUGGGAGACGCUUGGGAUGUGGCUAAUGCGGUCUUGUUCCUGGUCUCGCAUGAGUCAAAAUAUAUCACUGGACAGAAGAUCGUUGUUGAUGGCGGUAUCACGUCUUCUACGGGGCGUGCGUAA